AUGGCCCUGGUAUCUCCCAAAUUUGGAACAAAAUACUCGAAAGACAAGAGUUUCUUCGCGAAGAUGCCCAAAGAAGACCUUGGACCAAUGGCUGGUCACCUCGAUGGUGAGGUGCACACAGACACGAAAACUCUUUUAGAGACAUUGACGGUCCUACAGUACAGCGUUGAUGAACUGUAUGAUGGCCUUGGUAGGGUCAACCCAGAGGUGAGUUACAAGUGCCCUUAUUUGCGCAGUAAUAUUCUUGAUAACUCCAGGAUCACAACCAAUACGAUGUACUUCUGUGCAGGUUUUAGUUUCUAA